AUGGAAGCGGAGGACACAGUUGGACCGGCCAUUUCGCUCACCUCUUUCGAAGGUCCGGUUCUUUUCAAUGACGAAGGUUUUGAGAUCUUUGAAACAGCCGGUGAGGAGGCGGGUUCCGUUGGGAGUGUUGUGGAGUUAGCGAUGGAGGGCGCACCUUCCUCCUCCCAUGGAAAGCAGCACUGGCCAGGUAUUGAAGGAAUGCGCGCGGUAGAAUUGGUGGAGUCGAAAUGCUACAGAACACCUCAUGGGUUUCAGAAGGAGGCCACGUUUCCAUGUCAAACUCUAUGUGAGGAACCUUCUACCUCUAAUUUCGAAGAUCUGGUUACUACUGUUCCCGAACAGGAAGAAGCGCAGGUAGCUUUAUCAACUAAAAUGUUUGAAUGUCUAGCAUUUUUUCAGAUAGCAGUUGUAGAAUUUUGCGGAAUUUUCAUAGUCUUUGACAAGUCGCCGCCGGACCACUCGAAAAGUUCACGUUGA